UUGCUGGUCCCUCUCAAGCUCCACCUCUCCCCACAUUUCUUCCCCAUUCUCUCUCUAAACCCAUUUUUUUUCCUCCAAAAAUCGAAACUUUCCGACGAGUUUUAAACACUUGAGCUUCCUAGGACUCAAAGCAUACCGUAGUCCUAUGAAGUCAAUUUGUGAAACAUGUGGACAUCAAGGAUGGAAGGAGUCACUUGUAACUUGCUCUAAGUGCCGUAUAGCCUGUAACCACCGUUAUUGCAUGCGGGAAAUUUCAUUUGAGACCUCAAUACGUUUUGUCUGUGCUGAUUGUUCGAUGAGACCUGUUCAAAACAAAUUUACUUCUGACUCUAUUAAAGCAGUCCCUAAAAGUGAUAGAAAUAAAGUGCGGGUGGAAUCCUCAAAUCCAGUUCCCAAAUGGAAAAAAAUUCCUGAAACAUCAAAGAUGAAGUUGAUUUCACCAGAGGAAGUCAGAAAACUUUCAUGUGGAGGCAAUAAGUCAACUUUUAAAGUACCAAGACCAUUUUCAGCUCGUUCUGCAAUGAGUUUAACAAAACAAACUGCUAUGUUUCCAAGAGCUAGGAGUUUUAAUUCUGCGGUAGGGGCUCACAAAACCAAUUCAGUUGUCCUUCCACCUAAAAAGGUUGAGCCUCUUAGUCCGCCUACUCUCCAGAUUCGUCCAGGAUUCUUAAGACAAACUUCCAAAGCACAAGCAGUAGUAGAAGGCUCAAAAUCGAGAGUUGGUGAUGGAGCUAAAUAUCACAGUUCCAACGAGAUAUGCCGAUCAAUCUUAUCUGAGAAAUUGUUGCAAUUACUUCCAUAUCGUCCAGCUUUGCUCCCUACUUGGAAGGGACGCAUUGUGGACUCUGCUACACCAUCUGAGUUUAAUGGCGAGUUUUUAGCUCAACCGCCAUCUAAAGUCCAUGCGAAGGCGUACAGACUUUCAAAGGGGAUCCCUGUCUUACUCAAUGUCAAAUUAGUUCCUAUAGGCAAUCUUCUGAGUGAUUUGUUUGUGAACAGAAACCCUGGGCUCUCAGAUGUCGAGAUGUACAUUUUCCCAUAUGACAAGAACACAAAAAGGUUUUCGGAGGAACGUGAUAAUAAUCUCUUUGAGGCCAUGAGGACUCGCAGUGCCAUGAUCAAAAUUAACAUGAAUGGCAUACCAUUGUUGAUAUUCUCUUCAAAACUACUGGACAAGUCCUCUCAGAUUAUGAUCAAGAUGCAGAAGAAAACAAGUAACUUUCUCUGGGGAAUUUUUCUCCUGACAAAAAAUUCUUUAGCACUUCUUCCAGGAACUUCCAGUCAAACUGCUCAACAUUUUGAUGAUGGAGAUGUGGUUGACAAUGACUAUGAACCUUUAUUCAGAUAUACCAACCACAGGAGUCCCGGGAAGCAAUUGCAGAGACAUUACAGGGAUAGGGAUUGAUUCAAUGCGAGUGGCUACAGCUGUAUCAAAGAAAAUGGUAGAUAGAUUAGUGCUACUAAUCUCUGAUUGUGUUCUAUUGUGGUGUAAGAAGCAAAGAUUACAGCUCUUGACUUUUGUUUUACCUUAUUUACCUCCUGGUAUUUACUUGUAGAUUUUUAUGGGUACUAAAUAAAUAUUUACUUGUAGAGGUUAUGCUGUUUAUAUAAUUCCAUCGACAGUAAAUGGUACACUUUAUUCA